UGUGUAUAACGGCGGCAAGAACUGGUUGAGGGGUGGAGUUGUAGAGGAGGUCGUGAAGAGGACGUGUCCAUCCAUUGACCCACAACGGAACCGGCAAUUGGAGGUUCCUCACUCCUUCCCUUGUCCUCGGAAUGUUCCGUGCACCGUUCCUGAGCCAUUUCCAAGGACCCAGCCUUGAGACACCAGUGUGCUGCGGGGACCGCCUGGACUCUAGAGUUGACUGUGACAUCACUUGGACACAGAGCAGCAUGAGUUAUCAUGGCAGCACUGGACAGAGGAAGAAGUUAGGAUAUGGCUCAAGAUCUGCAUGACAAGCAGGACGAUCAUCGGCACCUGAACCAGUUCAUCGCUCAUGCCGCUCUCGACCUCGUAGACGAGAACAUGUGGCUGUCGAACAACAUGUACUUGAAAACCGUGGACAAGUUCAACGAGUGGUUCGUUUCAGCGCUUGUUACCGCAGGUCAUAUGAGAUUCAUUAUGCUUCACGACAUGCGGCAAGAAGAUGGGAUUAAGAGCUUCUUCACCGACGUCUAUGAUUUAUACAUAAAGUUCGCCAUGAAUCCAUUUUAUGAACCCAAUUCUCCUAUCUGAUCGAACACCUUUGACAGAAAAGUUCAGUUCCUUGGGAAGAAACACCUUUUAAGUUGAAUGCAUAGAAAUUUGGAAAGAAACCAUGUCACUACAAUGGGGUAUUCUCAGGAAUGUGUACAUUGUGUGGAUCACAAAGAAAUGGGAGAACAGACGGAAGAAGAAAAAAGAGGGGAAUGGAACAUGACAGAACAAAAGCAGAGAGAAGAAAUAAGGCAGAUCGAACUGGGACUGGGACUCAUGGUUACACAUUUAUAUAUUCCUCCCCCAUAGUCACACAGUCCUUUAAUUAAGGACAGUGAGAGUGACCACCGAACAGAAUUAAUGAAAACAUUUAUAGAGCCUAUGACAGAAA